CUUUUUCGUCUUUAAAAAGCGUCAAAAUAAACGACAUUCGCAUUAACGGUAUGAGUUUCUUUUUUGGCUUUAUACGAAAUGUAUUUCUUAAGAUGUUACAAUUAAUUUGGUUUAGUAAGCGAAAAAUAACUAAUUCAUUAAGCAUAUACGUGAAAACUAAUACGGGAAAUACAUUUGCUGUUGAUUUGGAUCCAAAAUGGGAUAUAAAAAACGUAAAAGAAUUAGUAGCUUCUCAAAUGGGAACAUCACCUGAAGAUAUAAAAAUAAUAUUCGCAGGAAAAGAACUACAUAAUUCAACGAUAAUAGAAGAGUGUGAUUUGGGACAACAAAGUAUAUUGCAUGCAAUUCGAACUCCAUCACAAAGACUAAAUAAAAAUAAAAAUACCAAUAUCAUUGAUGAAUCUCUUGAAAUUUCUGAAUUAAAUGAUAGUGGUGGAAAGCCAAUGAAUGAAACUCUUACUGAUUUACCUUUAGAUGAAUCAGAUCUGCAAGAAAAUUCAUCCAUGGAAGAGAAACAAGAGAAUCGAGCACAUUUUUUUGUAUAUUGUACAACACCAUGUAAAUCUGUGACAAUUGGAAAAUUAAGAGUAAGAUGUGCAACUUGUAAUAGUGGAGCAGUUACAGUAGAUAGAGAUCCUCAAUGCUGGCCAGAUGUAUUACAACCAAAAAGAAUAACAGUUCAUUGUGAAAAUAAUUUUUGUCCAAUACCUAUAACUGUUAAUGAUGAUACAGAAUCACAAGUUUUAUAUGCACAUUUCUAUUUUAAGUGUGGGAAACAUACUAGUUUAGGAGAAGAGGAUGAAGCAGUUCCUCUUUAUCUUAUAAAACCAAACUUAAGAAAAAUACCUUGUCUUGCUUGUACAGAUGUUAGGGAUAUGGUUUUGGUUUUCCCAUGUGAAGCUGGUCAUGUGACUUGUCUUGAUUGCUUUAAAGAUUAUUGUUCAAUUCGAUUAAGAGAACGUCAAUUCCAAUUUGAUAAUAUUAGUGGUUAUUAUACUUUACCAUGUCCAGCAGGAUGUGCAAAUUCUUUUGUUCCUGAAAUACAUCAUUUUCAUCUUCUUACUCCAGAACAGUAUGAACAGUAUCAAAGAUUUAGCACAGAAGAAUAUGUGUUACGUGCUGGUGGACUUUUAUGUCCAAGACCAGAUUGUGGUAUGGGUAUCAUACCAGAAUCUCCAGAUGAUGGUAGUGAUAAAUGCAGAAAAAUUCAAUGUUUUGGUGGUUGUGGGUAUGUUUUUUGUAGACGAUGUUUACAAGGUUAUCAUUUAGGAGAAUGUGAAUUGCAACAAUCAGAAUCAUCAAAUGCUUUGCAUAAAUCGGGAUAUUUACUUGAUCCACAAAAAGUUAAUGAUGCAAAAUGGGAUGAAGCUAGUAAAAAAAUUAUUAAAAUCUCAACAAAACCAUGUCCAAAAUGUAGAACACCAACUGAAAGAGAUGGAGGAUGCAUGCAUAUGGUUUGCACUAGAGCAGGAUGUGGUUAUCAUUGGUGUUGGAUAUGUCAAACAGAAUGGACAAGAGAUUGUAUGGGUAAUCAUUGGUUUGGAUAAUACAUAAGUAUUUAUAUCAGUAAAAUAUUAUUCUUUUUAUAAAUAUAAAUUACAAAGAAAAAAUUAGAAAUAUGAUUGCCAUCAUAAAUUAUUAUACUAGUUAUUAUACUAGUAUAAUUAUUAAUUCAAGAUAGCAAGUAAAAACAAAUUUUAUAGAAUUUUGGAUAUCAUUUUAAGUGAGGAAUAAUAUUUAUAUAUUUUUUUCAAUUGUACUAUUUUUUUUUUGUAUACUUAUAUAAAUUAUUGAUUUAUUAGAAUUUUGCUCUAUAGAAUUUUGAUUACGAACAAUUCUACAGAAUUAAUUAUUGUAUAUAUAAUAUAUUUAUCAAUGUAUAUUUGCAUAUAAAUUUUAAAAUUAUUAAGAAAAUGUAAGUGCCUUUAUGCUUUUCUAUUUAAGAAAUGUAUAUACAUGAAUAUUUGUCUAUGAAUAAAUUAUCAUAUGUCAAGUAUAAACAAAUCAACUUAUGAUAUUACGAUAUUUUUUUAAUUCCAAGGAAACGGUAUAUGCAUAUUUUACUGUUAUACUUAAUGUAUAUUAUCUAAAAACAUUAACACGAUUUUAGGACGGAUUCGACAUUAAAUUCGAUAUUAAAUAAUUAUGAAAUAUAUAAUUUGACAAUCUAUUAAAUUAUUUCAUUAAUCUUAUUAUUUUAAUAUUUUUUUCAAUGCUUAUAUUGGUAUUCAUUAUUAUAUAUUCGUAUAAUAUUCAUUUCAUGAAUGAUAUUUUUUAACAUAUCUAUAUAUCUAUUAAUAAUUUUAGUUAUUUAUGUAUAUCAUUUCUAUUGCACUCCAAAUGCAUUUGUAAAUAUAAUAUGAUUUCGUUCAUACUUAGUCACCUAAUUAUUAAAAGAAAUAUAGAAAUUAUCAAAUAGCAACUCCAUACCUUAAAUAAGAUCAUUUGUAUCAUGUACAGAAAUCAAAUUGCUGUAGUUUGUGGUGCCGGCGGUGGUGUCAAUGGUGUCCAAGCAGUAGCUUGAUGAUCAUUAUUUGCAAUAUCUGAAUCUUGUCGAUGAUGUCUAUCAAUCACCGUUGUUAGAUAUCUUCUAUUUUCAUCUGACUGUACAUCAUUUAAUGUGUCUGCAUUUUGUUCAGAAUAACUAACAGGUAUAUGAUGUUCUUUCGAAGGAGUAUCGUAUUCGACACUAACAGGAGAGACUGUUCCAGCUUGUUGGAUUGGUUGUAAAUGUAGCAUUUGAGAAUGAUGAUGUUGUGAAUGACGAUCGGGCGUUGUUGAUUGAACAGGAGAAGCAUGAUAUUCAUGAACAUAUUCGUCAACAGGAGGAACGGUAUCUGUUCCAUUUGAGUGUAAAGUAUGAUGUAAUCCUGUAUGAGGAACUGACGUAUAAGAUGACAUUUGAUGAUGUAAAUGUAAAUUUAAAUUUAAAUAAGAUUGUUGUUGCUGUUGUUGUUGCUCUGACAGAGUAGUAGGAUGAAUCCAAGCUGAAGUAUCAGUACAAUGAUUGUGUUCCUGAGGAACAGAAGAUAGGUUUGAUGGCACAUAUAAAGUGCAUCCUGUAGCUGUGGUUGGUGAUGCUGUUCCAACAACGCUUCUACUGAAUACUGCAUGUGAAGAUGAAGUUGGUGAAGGUGAAGGAGAUGUGGGCCAUUCCUGCGUAGGUGGAAGACAAGCUGGAUUCAAAUUUUGCAGAGAUUCUGGACUACGUGGUGACCAUCCUGGUGGUGCUACAUAUGCUGUAGAAUGCAAAAGUUGUACUGAACCAUACGGAUCCGCGCGUUGUUCUGUAAUGAUCCAAAGAUUUAUUUAUUUUGAAUAAUAUAUAUCUUAUAAAAAUAAAAAAAUUAUAAAAUUAAUAAAAAAUAUAAAUAUUUA